GCCUUCCUUUUCCCCCACCAUUAUAUAUAACAAAACCAACUGCCAUUUGUCUUUCUUCACGCAGUUGUACACACACGCAUAUCUCUAUCAGUCGCUUAAUUUUCCCCUCUGUAAUAUACUAUAAACAUGAGCCGUCACCCUGCUGUCAAGUGGGCCCAGAGGUCCGACAAGCUGUUUAUCACGGUGGAGUUGCCGGAUGCCAAGAAUGUGAAGCUGAAACUGGAACCAGAAGGAAAAUUCUUCUUUUCUGCAACUGCAGGAGCUGAUAAUGUACCGUAUGAAGUGGAUCUCGAUCUCUUUGAUAAAAUUAAUGUUGAUGAGAGCAAAACUAGUACUACUUCUAGAAGUAUCGUUUAUCUUGUGAAGAAGGCAGAAGACAAGUGGUGGAGCAGACUGAUAAAGCAGGAAGGUGUACGUCCAGUGUUUUUGAAAGUUGACUGGGACAAAUGGGUUGAUGAAGAUGAAGAGGACACUAAACCUGGGACAGAUAUGGAUUUUGGUGACAUUGACUUCUCGAAACUCAACAUGGGAGGCGGUCCUAGUGAUUUUGAUGCUGAUGUGCCUGAGGGAGACUAUGACAGUGACACCGAGGAAGAAGAAGUGAGGGAGGAAGAAAAUAGUGCACAUAAUGAACCUAAAGCAACAGUACCUCCAAGCACAGAACCCGAAGCAAAAGCUUAAUGCGUUUGUAAUAUCUGAAAAGCGUUUUAGCUGCUUGAGUUUUACUGUAGUACUGUUAGUUAUGGCUAGAGCAGUUGUGCAGGAAUUGAUGUCAGUUUAUGCUAUAUUUUAAAGAUCAGGUGUUCCCUGUUAUUGACUUGUUAUCAUAUAGCUCUUGUUAUUUGGUUACAGAUGAUGGUUACAAUCUUCUUGUCUGUGUGUCUUCUGAAGGAUUUUGUUUCAAGGCGAAAAUCAUUUGUGGUUGA